AUGGAUUUGUCAACGAGAACGUGUCGCUUCCUUGUGCAUCGUCAGGAGACGGUGGAGUGCUUAAAGAAAUUCAAUGCACGACGUAAAUUGAAGGGUGCUAUACUUACGACUAUGCUAGCCACACGCAAUUUUUCUACUGGUCGGGGUACCGUUCCAGGAAGUCAUACUUCUGUAACUAAGAAGUCUAAUGAUGGUAUUAAAGAAUCAUCUGACAGUUCUACUGCAGUAAUGGAGGACUCAGCUGAUAUAAAAAAAUUAUUGGCAUGUAGUACCAUUGUCAAAGCAGAGUGCUCUGUUGAAAGCAAAAAGCAGGACAUCAUCCGGGCAACAGAACAACUAUUGGCUGCUGCUGCAGCUGGUGACUUCGAACUCUACCUUAAAUUUUUGGAUUCUCAAUUCACCUAUUUCGGUCCAGAAGCAUGUGGGAAUUUACUCGAAGGGGCUGAUUUCCAUAAGUUUUACUUUGAACAAAUCAUUCCGAAAUCAGUUGUUCGUGCUAUUCAUACCAGCAUACUGAACCCGACUGUACAUUUAAUGGGUGAAGAUGCAGCUUGUAUUGCCUACACAAGACUUACUCAGUUCCUAGAUAAAUGUGGUAUGCCCCAUACACAACAAACAGAAGAAACCCGUGUUUGGGUAAGACGUAAUGAUCGUGGCUGGCAGAAUGUGCAUGUACAUCGUUCUUGUUUAUCAGCAGGCUCAGGUGGUGGUGGAUUCGCAAAUAUUAGUACAACUGGAUCAGCCAGUUUCAACUAUCCACUUUAGAAUCAAAAUAAUAUUGCUCAGAUCAUGAGAGAUAUUAAAACAAGGAAGUAUAUGUAUACAUAUACUAUCAGAAAUUUUACGCUUUAAUAUUGAAUCAAUUCCGUUUGUCUUUUUGCGUAUUUUCUUUCUUUCUUAAAAUUUCAACAUGCAAUUUAUCCAAUCAAUAAAAACCAGGUUUAUCUGAUUAAAAAUAUAAACCUAUUCAUUUUUUCGUUUCUUUGCUCAUGUCGAUAUGCACAUUAGUUUUGCAAUUCGAUUUUAUAAUGCAAAAUCUGGUUACUAAGUCGGUUAAAUGUUCACUUAUCUCAAUGGUUAACUUGUAUGUGCAAUUAAAUUCUUGCUUUAUAUCCUCGUUGAUUUAACUUAUUUAUUCACUGAUAUUUUUAAGUGUGCGAUUAAAUAGCUGACAUUCCACUUUACUCAUUUGUUGUUAGUUUAUACUCAAGUAAUACGAGAUUUCUUUCUGUUAACACUGAUCCACCACUUACCCACAAGACAAAAAUAUUAAGUUGUUUCUAUGUAAAGAAUUCUGAUUGGUAUACCACUUUAUGUUUAUUGUUACAAAUGUUAAUGAUUGUUGGAACUUGUGCACGAACGAUUACUUGUAUAAUACAUCACUGAACCUAUGAAUACUUGUCUUAUCAGGCUAUAACAUCUACUUACCUGUCAAACAGGGAAAACACAAUAUCUAUGCUACUUUUAGUGCGCAUUUUGCAACUUAUGAUCUACGUUCAUUCUCUUCUCACUUUUUGCCCCUCUUCGUAUCUCAGUUCACUUGAUAUUUAGUUUUUUUUUAUUUCCUGAGUAUUCUACCUGGACUAUCUCAUGAUUUUUUGUCCAUGGCUUGUUUUAAAAAGAAUAAAGUCCAUGCAAAAAAUCUUCAGUUUACGUAGUCCACACUUUUACCAUUAUUCGUUAUCGACUGUGAUGCUUUUCUUGUGUUCUGUAUUUUUGUUUAUGUUCGCGUUCAAAUCUCCAUGUUUAUCUUCAAUUAACUUAUGAAUAGUACGGACUGAUUAUAAUUUCGUAAAUGUUAUUCGUACAUUUGAUUCCUUCCACUUCAAAUUACUUAUUUUUGAUGUCUACAUUGUCUGUUUUAUUAUGCUUUUCUUUCAAUUAUUGCUACAUACUAUGCUUUCCAAAUAAGCAUGCAUGUCUUUCACUGCUUCGUACUUAUUAAAUUUAAUAAUAUUUAUCAUUAUCGUUAUUUCGUCGUGGUAAAAUUUUAAGUUUUUCCGUACGAUUGUUUGUCAAGCCUAAUUUAUUUGAUCAUCGUUGUGGUCUGGACAAAUAAUUUAUUUCGAAUUAUUAUAUCUUGUUUCUGUUAUUUGUCUUUUAGAUUCUUAAACUUUUGUAUUUGUACCUGUCAUAAUGAAUAUCCUAUAAUCUUCCCCAUAAAAGUAAUUAACUACUUAUAUUUAUUUCAGUGGAAAUUAUGAUAUUUAGGAUUUCUAUGUCUUACUUUCUUGGUUUAUAUAGGUUCGAAUGUACAUGAGUUACGUUCAUGAACUUUUUUCCACCAAAAUAAAUUAAAGAUAUAAGUGUUCAGCGUUCAACAAGAGACAGUAUUCGUGAUACUAUUUUAACUUUCCUAGUCAAUUUGUCAGCAACUUUCGUUUGAAUUAACAAACCUUCACAUAUUUAUUUCUGUUCUUAUAUCUACAUUCAGUUUUUACUGUAUGCUUCCAUUAAACUUAAAAAAAUUCAAUACAUCUGUUUUUUGACCUUUAUAUAUUUUUCUUUAUUCUAAGAAUAUAUUAUUUUAUUCUAAAAACAGUUGCACAUUUACUGUGUUACUACAAAGGAAAACAUCACUUUCCCUAAUUAUACGUAUGUACUUGUGUUUAUAAUAAACUUAUGUGUAACAAAGAAUCGGCCAGUAAGCUAAAUCCAAUGCUUUAUAUUGUUCGACGACCACUACAGUGGUGUCUUAAUCAUUGAAUAUAAUAUUCUGUUUUAUAGGCGCCUAUUUGUAACCGAGUCUGUUUUCCCUUAAUGUUCCUCUCUAAUUAAAUGUUGGUUUGCUCUCUAAGCCGAUAAAAAUAGUGAUUUCAGUGUGAAGUCUUCUCUCGGUGAUGCUAUGUGUACCUGUUACAUUUGUUUGCCUGCUUGUCUACUUGUUGUCCCGUUGUUGUUAUUUUGUUUCCUACAAAAAAAGGUCAAAACAGGUUCACUAACGGAUCUUUUAUGUUUCUUGUAUUUUCUGUUGUUAAGUAUUAUUUGAUUUGGAAGAUUAACCAUGACUGAAAAUAUUAUAUUUAAAAAACUUACCUGCAACAAUUUAUCUGUAACCUCGUAUUUGUUUGGUUGUUUUCUCGUUAUUUAUUAUUGUUUAUUCCUCAACCUGUUUAUUUCAUUCAUUUUGCUCACACACACCUACCCAGCUUACAUGUCGACUAGCUGGUAAAAAAAGCCAGAAAUACAAGGUUGCUCUU